CUAUCCUGGAAGGAUGUGGUCACCAGAGCCGCGGCGGUUGCCGAUGACGGUUUCAAUGUGUCGUUCAGUCUUGCUGAGGCCAUAUCGAAGGUAAAAGGCGAGCGGCUGUCGCGGCGCUUCAGGGACAUGUUCCUGCCGGGUGGCCGAGCUCUGCUUCCUGGGUCGUUCCUGAGGAUGUCCGGUCUGGCCGGAGUCCUCCAGGCCGGGCUGUCAAACUUCUAUGAUGGGAAUUUCUCACGAGAGAUGGAGGACGAGGUGAAGGCCGUUAUUUAAAUAGGUUCCUAUGUUCAAUCUGCUUUCAACCUUUAGCUUUCAUCCAAAGGUGCGAAGAAACGGAGGUGUCCUGAGCAGAGAGGACAUGAGUAACUACAGUGUACAAGUAGAGCAGCCGGUGGAGGGCCAGUACAAUGAAUUUAUUAUCCAAGUUCCGCCUCCCCCCUCUACUGGUGCAGCGUUAAUAUCCGCACUCAACCUUUUGGAGGCCCUCCAGCUCAAUGGGAACAAUAACACCGAAAAUCAAACGCACCGCUGGAUUGCAGAGGCUCUGGGGGGUGCUUUGGCUAUAGCCAGUGGUUUGGGUGACCCUUCGUAUAACUCUUCUGUGACUGAGCUGCUUUCGGACAUGCUAAGUAUCCGGAGGAUCAAUUCCUCCCAUGCCUCUUCACCCGAGUACCCGACGCGGCCAGAGCAGAUGGCUGGACAGGUAGUCGUCAUGGGGCCGGAUGAACUCAUCGUGUCAAUUGCGAGUUCCUUGAGCACGCCAUUCGGGAGCAGAAUCAUAACUGGGUCGGGCGUCAUUCUCAACAGCCUCAUCCUUGACUUCUCCUGGCCAAACAAAACCACGGGGCAACUCGUAACCAAUCAGAACAACAGAAUCCAGCCAGGAAAGAGGCCCCAAACAUCUCUCAUGCCCACAAUAGUGGUGCCAGCAUGGCGUAAAUGUGGGAUCCACAUCGCACUAAGCAGUUCAGGUGGACAGCAGAGUUUGAGUGGGAGCACCCAGGUGUUGAUCAGUGCACUGUCAGUCCACAAAGGGAACCCUGAAAGCCUCUUCCUAGGAAGACUCCACCCCGAUCGUCAACUAAACGGACGUCUUGUUGAACCUCCCUCAUCAGCUGAGCUUCCAGAAGAGAGUCCGCCGUAUGAAAAGGGCGUCGUAACCAGAGUGAAGACAAACUUUGUUGUCCAGGGGAUCCUCAGGAACAAAGAUAUAAUUACUGCCAUAACGCCUCUAUUAUCCGAUAGUUCAUCACAGUUCUCGUGAACUUUUUAUUGUGAAAAAAAUCCUCCUGGUGCAUAUUAUGUGUGGUAGUUUCUGGAUAAGCUACUAUUGCGCUGCAUGAUGCAAGUGUAUGGUGGUUGUUCUCCAGUGUUUUGAUACUCGUGUCAUUGCGUUUACCGGCCAGCAGAGGGCAGUCAUUCAAUAUUUACUUUCUAUUGAAGAGGACAAAUGUGUCUAUCCAUAAGAAACGUCUUAAAUAAAGCUUAAAAGAAUAAAGUCAUAAUGCUCGAGCCCUCGGCUGAUAUGUCCUGAUCGACAACAGGCUUCGGUUUUAUGCAAGUAGAGGUCACAUGGUCACACACGCAUAGACACAUAAUGGCUGAUGUGCCUUCAAGAGCCUGUGUCAUGCAUACCAGUUGUGUUGCAGGAUAUAGGUCAUGUGUUGCAGGAUAUAGGUCAUGUAUGUUACAUGUGUUACACCGGCAUGCAAAAACAUGUCACUCAAAACUGCAUCAUUGUUAAAUUUAAACCCAUUUGUUUCUUAAUAUCUGCCGACACUUUCUUUGCAGCUACUUUAUGAUUAAAUACAUUUUCAAGCGUAUCAAGAAACUGUGUGCGGUUUAACUUGUCUUCUUAAAAGUUCAUUUUGGGUUUUUUAAGCAGCACUGGAGUUUUUAGGCUUCUGUCAAAUUGGUGUAGUUUGUCAAUGCACUGCAAGACAAAGGUCAAGAGAUGGCUCUCAACACGUGUCAUGACAUUAAAAGCAGCUGGCAGCAGUAACAUAUGUUCCGUCUCAGACAUCGACCCCACCACUUAAACUGAGAUGCGCGUUUUCCCGUUUUAGGUUCCCCUGAGCCAUUUGAGCUGCGCACGCAAGUUUGAGUUUACUGCAGGUUAUCUGCGCAAUAAUUGUCCCCGCAGUAGUUGCCCUAGCAGCUGCUCUUAGUUUGAACACAUACCAUCGCCUCUCUUAUCUCAUUUAGUCAUUGUGAGGUUUUUUUAGGGGUGAAGUCCCGAGCUGCCAAGUGGGCGUUGCCGGUCAGACGGAUCAGUAUUUAAGCGCGCCCACUGUUCACCUGCGGGUUACGAACCAAGAGGAGGAGCGAUGCUCUGACGUCGGAACCACCUGCUAUUAGUUGACGAUAAACUCCGGUGACACCGGGACGAAAUCCGGUCGCGGAGUAAUUGCCUCUUUUGAGGAAAAAAAGAAGAGAAAACAGUAAGUGAGCCCGCACUUUUUUUCUAUUUUUCAAAAGCUUUACACACUCUUAAUGAAAUGUAAUGUUUAUAAAUGUGUUCGGGCAACAGGUUGCAGAGAUUUUGUUUGUUUAUCGGCAUUUGUCUCGUUCCCAUAUUCAAGCUCGCGCUCUUUGAGUGACGUGUGUAAAUUGCGUUAAUAAUAACAACCUGAUUAACAUCUAAGCUUACUCAUAAGUUAAGUGUGCUUAUUAGUUUCUGUCUAUGACACCAGGAGUACAGGUUAAAGGGGAAUUCUUUUGUCAAUUAGUUUCAGUUGAGUCGUAGUUCAUGUGAAUUAAGUUUCUCCCCACCUUUUUUUAAGUGCCCUGAAGUAUCCUUACUCUUGGAUUCCUGCAGUUGAGCCGCGUCCCCUGAGCCCUCGCCACUGUACCGGAGGAACUAUGGAGCCCGGCGCCGGAGUGGGGGAGAAGUUUUUCAUCGUGGUCCGCGGCAAGUCGAGGAAAGGCUUCUGCCGGGGCUGCGUGGGCCGCGUGCAGGCGGAGCUGCAGCCCGGGGAGCUGACGGGGCUGCUGUACGGCAGCAGGGACAGCAACGCCGGGAGCCCCAAGAGCGGAGGCACCGUGAGGCGGGAGGACACGUACCCGCUGACCCGCCACCAGGCGCAGCUGCUGCUCUUCGUUUCCUCCGCGAGCAAACGCCUGGAGCUGCUGUGCAACCCACAGCUGUUCGCGGCCGUCUGCGAGGUGUCAUCGGGUGACCUGGUGUUGGUGAAGCACAAGAAGGGCCACUUGCCCGCGGUGGUGAAGAACCUGAUGCAGAUUGGGAAGAAGGAGGACAAAGGCGACCUGCAAAUUGGGAGGAAGGAGGACAAAGACUACCUGCACUUGAUCGGCUUCCAGGUGGAGUUUGUGGACAGUGAUCCCAAUCUGUCAUCCAAGAAGCCCCCUCCUCUCGCCCUGUUCAGUGCGUCAGACAUCAUCCAGGUGGUCCCGUCUUACUCCGUUCCCCCUGAUCUGCAACGGAAAGAAGUCCAAUCUGGGAGUUUGAACAGAACCGGGGUGAAGCACCUCAAUCCAACGCCGAAUACAGAAGCUUCUCCACGGCAAGUUAGAAAGAGCCGUACACGGCAGAGCAUUCAGAGCCGCCGUUCAAGCACACCUCUGGAGGUGGGCUCCAUGGUGGAGGUGGUGUCCAACUCGGGGCUCACGGUGUACGGGGUCGUCCAGUGGUUGGGGGUCCCAGAAGGGAAGACUGAUAAAUGGUCUGGGAUUGAAUUGGAGUACGAUGUCUCACAGGCCUUCUAG